UGACGUGGAUAAAUCCUAGUGGUGAAUAAACCCUGCAAUAGAUAAACAUAUAGAAUAAAAACGUAUUCUAGAUCUUACGAGAGGUACCCUGGCUACGUGCAGAUACCAACAUGUUUAUUUGUCUAGGGCUUAUCAUAAACCGUAUCAAGGCUUGAAUCUAUCCCAGCCCUGUUCCUACCUUUUAUACCCUGAUGCCCACCCCACCACCAUAUGCCCCUACAUCCACAUCGAAUCCCUCGUUCAACUUCGUCACGUCCCAACUGCAUCCUGACAAGUUUGACCACGAGUUGGAUCUCUCUCACAUCGCGGAAACGACGCUCGACUCGCUCUCUGAAUUGUAUUCGAUCAUCAAGACGAUCAAUAUCCUCGAAAAGAUGUACGUGCGGGACCUCAUUCCGGUGAAGGAAUGGUACACCAAUACCACAUUGCGGCUCCUCAACCAGUACCUGACGCUAUUGGGUAAUCGUGCCAUCCAGGACGAGUUCGGCACGUUAGAGAGCUUCGUCAGGACAUACGACUUGGAUGUCCCAUUAGCCGUAACCAGGUUAGAGAGAGGAGUGCCUGCGACGCUAGAAAAUGGUACACUUAGGGCUUCCCCCAACAGCGGUACAGCUACUCCUGUCGGCUCGGACGUUCCGGGGCGAAUCUCGGCCCGCGCUGUCUCCUCUAUCACGGGGGCGUUCAUCACCUGCUUGGACAACAUCAAGCUCAAGUUUUUGAAAAAGGAAAAUCUCCACUCGUCGCUUGCAAACAUCAUCACUCAGAUCAACUCUGCGAAUGGGGAUGGGAACGACUUGAACUUUCCAGGAAAGUCCAAACUCAUCACAUGGCUCAUCAAGAUUAACCAGUUGGCGAACCCCUACGACGAGUUGAGUGAGGAAGAUGCGGAUGAAUUCAUGACAGAUGUUAGUUAUGCGAUGGAGGGAUUUGUGGAGAGCCUUGAGGGGUAGCAGCAUGACGUAAGCCAUGCUGAUUUGGUGCUGGCAAGCGGAUUGUUAAUACCAUGGAACAUACCCCUGGUAAUGUAAAUAUAUAAUAAAAGAUAUCAUUGAUUGGUAAAACUAAUAUUAAUAUGC